GCUGGACAAAGGUUGCUCUUUCCUCCGGACUCCAAUACCAAUCCAGCCGGCGGAAUCCCAGAGUUCAAAAUCUCCGCAGCCGGCCAAGAAUGGCGACGAUUCCACUCAUAUUAAUAAUCAGCUCCCAUAGCUCUCACCUUUCUAUUUCUCUGCCACUGUCAGUAGAGAAGAAAACCCCUUUCAAAGCUUCCCCCAUUUCCAGCGAUUUCCUCCGAUUGAAACCCUCAAAUGGAGUCCGUCGGGCUAGAAGUGGUUCUGAUCACCGGGUGCUCCCAGAGAGGCAUUGGCCACGCCCUGGCUAAAGAGUUCGCUGCCAAAAAUUGCCUGGUCGUUGCCACGAGCAGGUCAUUGAGCUCGAUGCAGGACUUGGAACAGGACGAGAGGUUCUAUCUCCAGGAGCUCGAUGUGUCCUCCGACGAGAGCGUGCAAAGGGUGGUGACAAACGUCAUCGAGAAGUAUGGGAGAGUUGAUGUUCUGGUCAAUAACGCUGGGGUUCAGUGCGUCGGCCCUCUUGCUGAGGUUCCUCUGUCUGGCAUCCAGAAUACUUUCAAUACCAAUGUUUACGGACUGAAACAUCUACGUAUUGUAGGUCCCAUGAGGAUGAUUCAAGCUCUUGUUCCACACAUGGCAUCUCGAAGAAAGGGGAAGAUCGUUAACAUAGGAAGUGUCAUAGUGCUGGCGCCUUUACCUUGGGCCGGGACGUAUUCUGGAACUAAAUCCGCUAUGCAUGCUCUAACUGAUACUUUGAGGUUAGAACUGAAACCACUGGGAAUCGAUGUUAUAAAUGUGGUUCCAGGAGCUGUUCAAUCGAAUAUAAUGCCCUCAGCCGAGGCUAUAUAUAGUUCCGAGUGGAAAUUGUACAAGCCAUUUGAGCCGGCAAUCACACGAUUUGUCUCCCAGGGCAGAGCAGGCACCCCUACCGAGAAAUUCGCCAAGCAUACUGUUGCUGCCAUUCUCAGAAAACAUCCACCCGCAUGGUUCUCUUCAGGCAAGUUCUCCACCAUCAUGGCAAUCGUGUACUAUUUGCCACUUCGUGUCAAAGAUUUGCUCGUGCAGUCUUUCAUGAAACCCUGACUGCUGGAGCUUCUUCCGUCGCAUUGUUCUCGCCCCUGGGUUAUUGGCCUCUCUAUGCAGCAACUUCUUAAGCAGAUUGUUCUUCAGUUUUAGCAUGAUCUAUAUUGCCUUCUUUUCUCCUGGAUGACUUUUUUUUACAUUGUGUCGGUUGUACUCUAUACAAAACCCUUUUGUGGUAUCAAUAGAUUGUUAGCAGUGGAGCUUGAAGGACUGAAUAAACUAGUGAUGCAGCUGAGGGAGUGGCUAAGCUUCAAUACAACUUGCUUGAAGUUAUAGACUUAUAGGUGUCUUUUCUUCGGGCGUUCUGUAAUUUGCACUGGUACAACUGCUGUUAUUAAUGAACCGAUUUAUCAUUAGACUA